AGGCCACAAAAAUCCCUCUUCUUCACCAGCAAUCGCGAUCUGAAAAUGGUAAAAGUGGCUUCAUCGCUGGGCCAACGGUGGUGCGUUUUGUGCGAAAUUCAGGACUAAUUCCGGCGAGAAAGUGCUUCGCAGUGACCGUAAAGUGCAGUGCAAGACCCUCAUCCAUUCGUCGACAGAACUCGUGUGCUGUUGUAAAAUUAACCAACGGUUCCCGUUCAUAUUUGUGUCGCUUGUCGAUCAAGGAGAAAUAGCCAACUGAGAAGAAUUUAGUGAAAGUUGUUUUUUUUUCGUAAGUGAUUCCGCUCGUGUACGGUUCGCGGCCGCAAAAAUACACGAAAAGGCACAAGUGGAGCCGUAGGAGCAUUUGGUCACCCCAUCGGGUACACACGGGUGACUUCGUUUGGGUGGUGUGAACGAGAAGAAGAAGAAAGGUAUCAGAACUGAUUCAAUACAAAAGUGAAAGAAAGAAACCAGAGCAAGCUGUGCGAGAAUAAAUCGCCCCCGUAAUCACAGCAGGCAAUGCAGAGUGCAGAGGACACUUCGAAUCUUAUGGACACCGAUCACAGUGCGUCGUUGUCCGCGUCGUCGCCGCCGUUGAACAGUGCCACUUCUUCGUCGGCGGCCAACGUUGGAGGAGCAGCUGGUGCCGGUGCCGGUGCCGGUGCCGGACCUGCGGUUGCACAGUCCGGGCGCACCGGCGAAGCUCUGGAGUAUCACUGCCGUAUGCUGGAAGAAGAAGUUCAGUCACUCAAGGAUUCAGAGAGCAAACUUAAACAGCAGUAUGCCGAAUCUCAACGCCGUGAACGUAUCCUCGCCCGACGGCUCGCCGUCAAGGAACAAGAGAUGCAAGACUUUGCCAGUCAAAUCGCCGAGCUCAAGACUGCCCAGGCCCCGGCUCAAGCUGCGCUUCGAUCCGCCCUGCUCGAUCCGGCCGUCAACAUACUCUUUCAGAAGCUCAAGAACGAACUCCAGCAGACCAAGGCCAAACUGGAGGAGACACAGAACGAGCUGUCGGCGUGGAAGUUCACGCCCGACUCCAACACGGGCAAACGGCUGAUGGCCAAGUGCCGGCUGCUCUAUCAGGAGAACGAAGAACUCGGCAAGAUGACCUCCAACGGACGGUUGGCCAAACUCGAGGGCGAGCUGGCCCUGCAGAAGAGCUACAACGAGGAAGUGAAAAAGUCCCAACUGGAAUUGGACGACUUCCUGCAGGAGAUGGACGAAGAUGUCGAGGGAAUGCAGAGCACAAUCGUGUUCCUCCAGCAGGAGCUGAAGCACACCAAGGACGACAAGGAAGUCCUCGAGAAGGAGGUCCUCCAGCUGCGGUCGUACGUCAACGGAGGAGUAGCGGCGGCGGCUCUCGGUGAUGACCGCAUGGAAACCGACGCCCCCGCUGCCCCCCUUGAUCCCUCCUCGUCGUCGUCAGUUUACCUAGUGAACGGGAGUAAUAGUAGUAACAAGUUGAUGAAACAAAGUUCAAGUGAUCCGUCGGAAUCGAUGAUGUUGGUGUAUCAGAAUCGGACGCACUGUGGUGGCAAUACAAAUAAUAGCAAUUCGGAAACGGUGUUGAACGGUGGUGAUGAGUUAGUUAAUGAACAAGAACAGCCAACGACCGGCAGCAGACUUUGCGGUGGUAACACUACUUCUAGUACUGGUAAUAAUGGUAAGAAAGUAAACAAUAGGACUGCUAAAACAGUUGGUGGCAAAAAGCGAAGCUACGCGGAAGAUCAAGACGACGAAGGGGCUGCUGAGGAGGAGGAGGACAGUGGCCACCUGCUCGACGACGGUGCAAACAACGGUAAGAUUGAGCAACAGCAUGAAGAAGAACAGCAAAUUCUCACCAGUAGCAAUAAGCGCAUGACGCGAUCAGGUAAGGGUAAGACUGUACCCAAGGUAAGCGUAAAGAAACUGCGGCGAGCAUCGGUACUAUCGGCAGCCGAUCCAACGGCAGAAGACGGUGACGAUGCUGCCGAAGGAUUUGCUGCCAACGGUGCGAACUGAACUAUCCCACCUUAAACAUGCAAAAAUUGAGUGACUUUCGGUUAUCCUCCAGUUAGGAUGACGGAAACUGUAGAAGUAUAGACUACUUCUCUUUUGGGGUGGCGCACACUGUUUCCUAAAGCCCAAAUUCGUGAUCGGAAUAUUGUGGACCCUAAAAAUGUAUUUUAGAGGGAUAGUGUCUUCGAAGAAGUUGUUGGAAUUUAUAAACUCUUUCUUUUAAAAUUAUUGUUGAUCAGUUCUUGUAUAAGUGAGAUAGAAACUCGAUUUUUUUUUUCAUAAGUGAAAAUCACGUGUUUGUGUUUACAGCAAAGUUGUUGAAAUGGUUCACCCUUGGAAAUGGGUUUCAGAAGAAUGCUUUUCGAAGAUUAUAAACCUCAAAAUCACCUUAUUAGGUCCAAAACUAUUAAGAUCGCGAAAUUGGGCGUUAGAAAACAGUGUGUGGCGAACUCUUGGUGAAAUAGGUUUUAUACAAAUCUAAAGCACGCUGUCCUAAGGAAAUUAAGUAAAAAACAGAAACAGGCUAGGAUUAAGUAAAGCUGAAAAAAAUAAACCUAGAUGAAGGGAAAAAAUCACUCAAGAAACACAUUGAAAUUAGAACUCUUGGUAAGGCUAAGACUACAAUAAUACUUAUUGUACAUUCUGAGGAAACACGAUUAGGGACAAUUGGAACCGAGAAGAACCACACGCGAGCGGAACUAAUCAUACAUACACCCACACACAUACACACAAACCUAUAAAUAUACCCAACCCUACGAAAAAGGAAACAUCAAUCCCUCGGAAAAAGUCGAAACUUAGGUCUAGUGUUGAGCAUUGUGUAGACGCAAGCAAGCAAGCAGACAACCAGAAACAACAUCGUAACCAAUACAGUGGAAGAUAUUUUUCUCUUUUUUUCGUUUGUCCAACAACGUUUUUAGACAGCUAAGGAAGUGUAAUUUUAAUACUGUAAAUCAAGCAAAAAGCAACAGAAAAGUUCACAGAGAAAAUCAACCAACAGCAACAAUGUGUAAUUUAAAUUAUUUCGAAAAAAAAAUAGAGUUAAAUUAUUCAUAA